AUGACUGGUGAGCCGCGCCAAGCUGUCGAGGAUGCAGACGCGGCGAUCACGCUUAUUGGGCCUGGCAAGGGCGAGGGCGAACACGUUCAGCUGCAAGAUGAGAGCGGCGAGAAGCGAGAUAUGAAGGAUCUCUUUGGGAAAGCGUUGACCCGAAAAGCCGAGGCAUUGGAGCAGAUGGAGAAGUGGGCAGAUGCUGGCGCCGUCUGGACAAUUUGCAUUGAGAGUGGUGUUGGCGGUCCUACAGCUCUCGCAGGCCGUCAGCGAUGUCAAAAGGCACUUGCUCCAAAGCCUGCCUCUAAACCGCCGACGCCGGCUGCCAGAUCAAGGACAACUACACCGACUGCUCGGCCCGCUACAAGACGUACAGCUCCGUCGCUUCUUCAGAAGGACUCUGAAGCUGUCGAGAGGCUCCGUGCUGCGAAUCAAGCGGCUGCAAAGGCAGACGAUGAGAAGUUUGCGCUGGUCGACAAGGUUGAUGCCCGCAUUGCUGCAUGGCGCGAUGGCAAGAGGGAUAAUCUUCGAGCCCUGUUGGGCAGCCUGGACCAGGUCUUGUGGGAGAACAGCGGAUGGAAGAAAGUCGGGUUACAUGAACUUGUGAUGGCCAACAAAGUGAAGAUCGUCUACAUGAAGGCCAUCAGCAAGACACACCCAGAUAAGCUUCCACAAGACGCAAACACAGAGAUCCGAAUGAUUGCAGGGACUGUAUUUGCGACAUUGAAUGAGAGCUGGGAUAAGUUUAAAGCUGAGAACGGUCUGUAG